UCUCUGCCUAGCAUGGGGGGGCUUUCUCCCCGAAAAAGCGGCGUGCUGGAACUUGGCCCCACAAGAAGCAUUCCCCACCAGAAGCAGGUUUGAGGGACCCAAUCUUAGGGUGACUCUCCUGGCUGAAGCUUCACAUCCUUCCUGCUUCCUAGGUUAAGGCAGGAUCAGCCUUCCAAAUGUUCGCCGGUGCUCAGCCAGGGCCCCACCUGAGAGGACAGAAUGCUUAAGUUCAGGCCUGGGGCCUGUGAACGCCCCCACACGUGGCCCAGCCGAUACCGCCACCUCCUCAUAACCGUGUGUGGGCAGGACACCAAACAAUGCCAGUAUGGACAGAAUAGCUUAUGAUGCUUAUCCCCACCCACCACUUCCGAGACAUUGAGCGGAAGCCAGAAUACCUCCAGCCGGAGAAGUGCGUCCCACCUCCCCACCCCGGUCCUGUGGGAACCAUGUGGUUUAUCCGCGACGGCUGUGGCAUUGCCUGUGCCAUUGUCACCUGGUUUCUGGUCCUUUACGCGGAGUUUGUGGUCCUCUUUGUCAUGCUGAUUCCAUCCCGAGACUAUGUGUACAGCGUCAUCAACGGAAUCGUGUUCAACCUGCUGGCCUUCUUGGCCCUGGCUUCCCACUGCCGGGCCAUGCUGACGGACCCCGGCGCGGUGCCCAAAGGAAACGCCACUAAAGAAUUCAUCGAGAGUUUACAGCUGAAGCCCGGGCAGGUGGUGUACAAGUGUCCCAAAUGCUGCAGCAUUAAGCCCGACCGAGCCCACCACUGCAGUGUUUGUAAGCGGUGUAUUCGGAAGAUGGACCACCACUGUCCCUGGGUCAAUAACUGCGUCGGCGAGAACAACCAGAAGUACUUUGUCCUGUUUACAAUGUACAUAGCUCUCAUUUCCUUGCACGCCCUCAUCAUGGUGGGAUUCCACUUUCUGCAUUGCUUUGAAGAAGACUGGACAAAUCAGCAGCAAGCCUACAGACUGCCCAGGGAAGGGACAGCAGAGGCCCGAACCUCUCUUCAUGAAAUAAAGCAGCCCCUUAAAAGUUCCACAGAGUGCAGCUCCUUCUCGCCACCCACCACGGUGAUCCUCCUCAUCCUGCUGUGCUUCGAGGGCCUUCUGUUCCUCAUUUUCACAUCAGUGAUGUUUGGGACCCAGGUGCACUCCAUCUGCACAGACGAAACGGGCAUCGAGCGCCUCAAACGAAAGCACCAGCCCAGGGAGCGCAGGGCCAGCUGGAAGUCGGUAAAGGAGACCUUUGGUGGGGACUUCUCCCCGAACUGGUUCAACCCCUUCUCCCGACCGUGCGACCCAGAGCCUCUCAGUGACAGGGACUGGGUGCGGCAGGUGGCCUCGCUGUCCGACAUGGACAACACGGAGACGACAGAGGAGCAGUCGGAGGAGAGGAAGGAUGAGGACUCUGUGGAGGUGAUAGAUGAGUGAAGCUGCCGUGGAGGGAGGGCCGGACACCGAGAAGCCGCUGGCGACCCCGGCUGCGGGUGUCAUGGCCACGGCGUGUCGUGAUGCGCCACCCUGCACCCCACCGCUCCCUGCGGACCCCUCGCUGUCAUCGCCAGCCCCUGUGCCCCCUCCUAUCUCCCCAGGCUGGGGGGGGUGGCUGGGGGUGACAGGGGGAUGAGAGACUCUCGGGGUCCAUCUAAGAAGAGUCUGCCCAGAGUGGGAUUGUCUGUUCUUCCAGAGGGUCCUUUGUGACCGGCAUGGCCCGGCCAGCAAAGGACGCUCUAAACUGGGCAGCCCAGGGGCAGGGAGGAACUUGCCUUUGGAUUUUCCUGGGAUGUCUGUCUCCUCUUGGGAAGGUUGGCGCCCCGGCUCCUGACUUUUGAGAAUAAAGGCCAUGAUGUUAUGACGGGACAGGGCAGGGCUGGCCUCGGGGCCUGGGGUAGACACUGACACCAGGAGAGACAGCCUCGAAAGUUUGCAGAGGCCCAGCUGCUCCCGGAAAGGCUUCCCUGAGCCUGUCUACACAGAAGAAGGGCAGGGCUGCCACAGCAGCUGGCACGGGCCAGGCUGGGUCUGAGGAGGGCCCCAUGCCCCAUACUGGGCUGCGCACACACACAUACGUGUGACACGUGCCCGGGGUUGGAAACGUGGGUUCUGACCGUAACUGUGUCGGGACAGUGGCACCAAAACUCAGCUCCCUUUCCAUCCCAAAGAUGCUAGAAUCGUCACGGAGCCGGGCGGCUUGGAGCCAUCCUGCCUUGUGGCUACAGGUCUGUCCAUUCACAGACAGGGACGGGGGAGAGGACCUAUUCAGAGCUGCUGGGGACCCUCUGACCGCCCCCCUGAGAGCUUAAUUAACUUUCCCUCUGGAGGGAGUCUAACAACCCAGUUGUGCAGAACUGACCAGAAAUCUGGCCCCUGUGUUUUAGGCCAGGUCUCCUAGGAUAGGGUCCAACUUGUCUCUCUGAAGGGUGGGUGGUGGCCAGGGCCUGCAGAUGGAUGGACCGGGAAGACCAGACAGACUCACGAGCACACACACACACACCGCACUUUGCCAGGAUGAGCCUGGGCCCCGGCCACUCCAUGUGAAGCCUGAAGUGUCCGUGGCCAUCACCGAAGGCCUUGGCAGGGGUCCUGGGGCUCUGAGACCCCGUUCCAACAGGUGCCGAAGAGGCGUCUUCCACACAAAGUCCUACCGAAGGGUUCGGGUCUCAGUCUGGUGUUAAGAGUGGAUUCACCACCCCACCUCCCCUAAGUAAACCUUGGUUCUCUCUGGCCCGUCGUCCCAGGGUCAGCGGGCACCAGCAUGGGAGAAGGGCUCGGGCACCGAGGCACAGCCUGCCCGUGCCAGGUCUCUGUCCGGGGCUCCAGGCAGAAGAGCAGGACCCCCCCCCCCCCCGCUGCCCCCAGAGGGCCUAUAGCCCCAGUUAAGUGGGGAAGAAGGUCAGAGUUUGGAGGCACAGCCCAGGUCGCUUACGGAGGAAGCUUGUGGGAACCGUAGGAAAGAAGGGGGCCAGGCAGCGGCCUAGUUCUCAGGCAGCAACUGUGAAGGGCAGGGACUCUUGUCACAGAGAGACCCCUUGUCUGUAGUUAAUGACCCACCAGGCCCCAAGGCUAACUGCUCAGAGGGGCUGGUGUUCACAUAGCCACCUGUCUGAAUCUCAGCUCAGAGCCCUUGGAAGACGUCCCGUGAGGGGGGUGAUGGCAGGGCUCUCGCAGUGACAGAGCAACCGGAAAGGCCCGGACCUCCCACACCCAGGCUGUAGCCCUAUCCUCUUGGUCCACAUCAGCUUUAAUAUUUAUUAAUGACGACGUCAGGAGCCCUGGUCAGCUCCGAAGGCCGUUACCUCGCACUCUGGGCAGGCCACGGCCACUUGCCACUUUGGGAGAGCCGUUCUAAGAUCGCAAGAGGCCUGCCAUUUGCUGUCCUAGCCCGGAAGGCAAGCAGACUGCAUACCAAAGACUCCACACUGCGGCAUCACCCCUGGAGGGCAAUUAGAAUAAGGGAAGAGGGUUCCCCGGUCGCUGCUGGCAGGCCCGUGCUCAGAGGGGCGUUGAAGCACCUGCUCGGGGCCAUUGGCCUGAAAGCAGAGGCACCCGGCAACCCCAAAGCCAGUUCUGUCUCUGGCUGUGGGAGACAUGUCACCUGCGGUCAGACUGGCCUCCCCAACGCGCGACUUCCUCUUGUGCUGGCCCUCGGCCACGGCAGAGCCCAUUCUGGGGGCGCAGACGCGUCCGACCCUGAGCUCCCCCCACACCACUGACAGGCGGCCUGCCCUCCGCGGCGGCUGUCGACAGCAUAACACUGUGCUUGCCUCAAACUAACGGGAUCGUAACUUGUCCACACAUGACGAGGACCACGGGGAGGGAGGCUGGGCGCAAGCUUCCACCUCGUGCUCUGGAAUAAAAAGCUCUUUGCUCGA